AUGAGACUUGCUCUCGCACUUCUUUGCCUCUUUUGCUUGUUACACGCUGGAAACAGCGCUUUGUAUUGCUCUCAAUGCAAGACAACCGUUCAGACGGCCGAGACCAAAGGCUGUUCGGACUCUGAAUGUAUGGCACCAAUAAUAAUGUCCUCGUGCAGUUUUGAUGAGACUUGUGCUGGCACACUUUACAACUUUAUGAACUCGCUAGCCGCAUGCAGUCGACUCAAUGGAGCACCGGCUACGUGUUGUGCCUCUUUGGCUCUGUGC